UUACCAAAACCGGAGUUUGCAUGUCGGUGGAAGCGGCCUGGGCGUCUACGCUUAAGUACCGUUUGUUGUAUGUUUUGUUGUAUGCGGCAUUUUAGGUAUGAACUAUUUUCGUACGAUGCGCUCAAGAUGUCAACGUCUUAUCUGAAGAAUCUUCGCUAGUGGAUAAAUAAGAAGCAUGGAUGAUGACAAAGCAUCUGAGGGCAGUGGAUAUUGCCACAAUCAUCAGACACCAUCUGAGUGUACCUCAGAUGAUGAUUCAGAUGCUCAACCAGCAGAAGGGGUGGAAGCGGUGGCAGUCGGCGGCACUGGUCAUGUGCCGGAUGUCUGUCCCAUCUGCCUGCACAGCCUUCGCGGCCGCGAGGUGGCGUCCCCGGACGUCUGCCAGCACAUGUUCUGCCUACAUCACAUCCUGCAGUGGUCCAAGGUGGUGACGCUGUGCCCGGUGGACCGGCGGGCGUUCUCGGCGCUGCUGGUGCGCCGCUCGGUCGGCGGUGCAGUGAUCGGCACCGUGCCCGUCCGCCAGAGACAGGCGGCCGACGCCGAGGCGCCGGCUUGCGCCGCCGUCCGCCGCCCGUCGCCUGCCGACGCCGCCCUGAUGGUGCCGAUGUCUGUCACGGAGUCGGCCGAGCCGGGACCGGCCAGCGAUGACAGCGACUGGGAGGAGGACGACCGCGACCGCGAGCGCACGGACGAGGCGGUCGACGACGACCCGACGGACGAGGAGUCCGGCUCUGAGCAGGACGAGGGACUCGGUCCCGAGCGCGCGGACUCUACCCUCGAUCCAAAAUCGGCUGUCGAAGGCGACGCCGAACCCGUAGAAGAGGACGUCGACCUGGAUCGGACGGAGGACAGUGUCGACCCCGUUUCGGCAGACCAAGGCGUGCAGGACGCCAGCGACGUCUCCAGCGACGAGGACCUGGUGAUCGACGAGGCCGGCCGACCGGUGUCGCCCGAGCUGGUGCCCACGCCGCCGCCUCCCGCCCCGGCGCGACCCACCGAUUGGAUGGACGCCGACGACGAGCUGGACCAGCCGGAGGGUGACUUCGAGGAGGGUGAGAUCCCGUCCGAGCCGCCGCCGGACUUACAGCUGCCCAUCGCCGCUGACGACGCGCCUGACGUGGACGAGGACAUACGCGACUUUGUCGUCAGCGAGAAGACCAUCACCGGGCUUGGGCCGGACGACGGCGAAGAGGUCGGCUGGAAGAAAUUCUCGCGUAGCGCGCGCGACCGCAACUACCGUGAUGGCAAGCCGACCGACCGCGCCAUCGCACGCAGCAAAGAGGUGGGUGAGCCGAGGCCGGAGCGCAAGCGUUCACCGCCCGCCGACGGCCGUAAGGGCAAGAAGCGCGAUAUCCAGCGCUACGACGUGCGCAAGGUGAUCAACGAGCGGAAGAUGCGCGCCCAGGAGAACCAGGAACGUUCGGUGCAUUCGCGCCGCUCGCGCUCGCGCUCGUCCAGCUCGACUGGAUCGCGCUCGCCGGCGGCGAAACACACCACCUCGCCUGUGAAGAAGGUCAAAGAGAAAAAGAGGAAGCGGAGUGUGUCGCCGUCGCUGGCGCCGAAGAAGAUGAAGAAGAAGAAAGACAAGCUAAAGAAGCAGAGCAAGGAGGAGAAGAAAAAGAAAAAGAAGCGCGCUAGGGACAAGAGGUCGCCGAUCAGGGACCGCGACCGCGACCGCGACCUGCCACGCUGGGAGCCGCGCGAAAAGGAGCGCCCGAAGUCGGCGCGCGCCAGGCCGACCGAGCGCGAGCCGGACCCAGACACCGACCGGCUGCGUAGGGACGCGCGCAAAGAGAACAAGGACCCCAAGCAGACGCGCAGCCCCGACGUCAUUGACCUGGACGACGUCGUCGAGCUGUCGCCACCCAAGGCCGAGCCGAUCAUCAUCACGGACUCGGAGACGGAGACGGAGACGGAGCCGGCCACGCUGGCUGGCAACGGUCGGAACGAGCUCGUGUGA